UCCAGUAGUGAGAGAGCAAGAAGAGGCACUAGCUAGCCAAUUAGAAGGACUGCCUCAGGGUCAGGGGGAGAGUGGUCAGCGAGAGACCGAGAUCGAGAUCGAGCAGCCAUGACUCAGCUGGCGCCUCUGCCCAAGGUGGUGCUGGGCUCGCUGGCGUUCGGGGUGUUCUGGAUGCUGGCGGUGUUCCCGUCGGUGCCGUUCCUGCCGAUCGGGCGCACGGCAGGGGCGCUGCUGGGCGCGGUGCUCAUGAUCGUGUUCCACGUGAUCAGCCCCGACGACGCGUACGCCUCCAUCGACCUCCCCAUCCUGGGCCUGCUCUUCGCCACCAUGGUGGUGGGCGGGUACCUCAAGGGCGCCGGCAUGUUCAAGCACCUGGGCGCGCUGCUGGCGUGGCGGAGCCAGGGCGGCCGCGAUCUGCUCUGCCGCGUCUGCGUCGUCACCGCGCUCGCCAGCGCGCUCUUCACCAACGACACCUGCUGCGUCGUGCUCACCGAGUUCGUGCUCGAGCUCGCCGCCGAGCGCAACCUCCCCGCCAAGCCCUUCCUGCUCGCGCUCGCCACGAGCGCCAACAUCGGGUCCAGCGCCACCCCCAUCGGCAACCCGCAGAACCUGGUCAUCGCCUUCAACAGCAAGAUCACCUUCCUCCAGUUCUUCUUCGGCAUCCUGCCAGCCAUGCUCGCCGGGAUAGGCGUCAACACGGUCAUGCUUCUCUGCAUGUACUGGAAGGACCUCGAGGGCGCCAGCCCCGACGAGGUGGCCGCCGGGAAGGAGAUGGAGGCCGCCGAGGAGGGGCGGUCGCCGGCCUCGGUGCUCUCGCUCAAGUGCGGCACCAGCCCCGCCUCCGCUAACGGCGCCGGCCUGCGCCAUCGCCAGAACGGCAACGGCCACGACGCGGACUCGGUGAUGUCGGAGAACAUCUCGACCAAGCACCGGUGGUUCAUGCAGUGCUCGGAGCAGCGGCGGAAGCUGUUCCUCAAGAGCUUCGCGUACGUGGUCACCGUCGGCAUGCUCGUCGCCUACAUGCUCGGGCUCAACAUGUCGUGGACCGCCAUCACCACCGCCAUCGCGCUCGUCGUCGUCGACUUCCGCGACGCCGAGCCGUGCCUCGACAAGGUGUCCUACUCGCUGCUAGUCUUCUUCUCCGGGAUGUUCGUGACGGUGAGCGGGUUCAACAAGACGGGUCUCCCGGGGGCCAUCUGGAACUUCAUGGCGCCCUAUGCCAAGAUCAACCACGUCAGCGGCGUCAGCGUGCUCUCCCUCAUCAUCCUGCUCCUCUCCAACCUCGCCUCCAACGUGCCAACUGUGCUGCUGAUGGGGGACGAGGUGGCGGCGUCCGCGGCGACGAUCUCGGCGGCGGCGGUGACGCGGUCGUGGCUGCUGCUGGCGUGGGUGAGCACGGUGGCGGGCAACCUGUCGCUGCUGGGGUCGGCGGCGAACCUGAUCGUGUGCGAGCAGGCGCGCCGCGCGCAGCGCAACGCCCACGACCUCACCUUCUGGAGCCACGUCGUGUUCGGCGUCCCGUCCACGCUCGUCGUCACCGCCAUCGGCAUACCGCUCAUCGGCAAGAUCAGCAUCUAGUAGUAAUAGCAGCUUAAUUGGUUAGCAUCUAUCGAUCCGUGGAAGGAAAAGCUUCGAGACUUCGACAAACAAAAACGUCGUGCCAUGGCGACCGGUCGACAAGCUGAGCAAAAACUAAAGGCAAUCAAGCCGUGCACCCUCAUGAGAUAUAUGCAUGCAUCAAGUGUGCGAUUAUUAGUUAUUGCAUCUUUCUAAUUUCAAGUCUCAAUUAUUAUAGAUUUGCUGUAUAGUUUUAUUGUCCCUGCUCUGAGACCACUGGCCAGACUAGUAGAGCAGUAACAUAAGAUGUUAAGAAAGAUGCAUCAAUGUGCUAAUAGGCAGCGCGUGCAUGCAAGAUCUCUAACCUAGUUUGCCGCUUUGUUGGUUCAGUUGAAUCAAGCUACUAGAUAGUGAGUAUUAAAAACUAGCCUUAUGGUUUUCAAGUCUUAUAAAGUUGGCAACUGUAUUCACUGUUUUUGCUU